AUGGACGACGAAGCCCAAAGUACACAGACAAAUGUUGGUUUUAAUGUGCCCUUUAUGGGGCAUAUGGAAGAAUAUUCAACGAGUACAGAUUGGAAGCAGUACGUUGAGCGGCUUGAAAUAUUCUUCGAAGUAAAUAAUGUACCAAGAGAAAAGCAAGCCUCGAGCAUACUUACCUUGAUGGGUAGUAAGAUGUAUGCGUUGUUAAGAUCAAUUACAGCACCCAGAAGACCAAAAGAACUUACAUAUAACCAAAUUGUAGAAACUGUAACACAACAUCUUGAGCCAAAACCAAUAGUUAUUGCUGAACGAUAUAAGUUCCACAAGGCUGAGCAAGGACAAGCGGAAUCGAUUAGGGAAUAUAUUGCCAAAUUGCAGAGAUUAGCAGAAACAUGUGAAUUUGGGAGUUAUCGAGACGAAGCAAUUCGAGAUCGAUUUGUUUGUGGAUUGCGAGAUCGAUCGAUUCAACGUAAGCUACUAGGCGAAGUUGAUUUGACUUUAAAGUCUGCGGUAGAAAAAGCUUGUGCGGCUGAAUUAACGGAGAGAGGAAACAUCAGCGUUACACGGAGAAUUACUGAACCGAGUGCAAACAGCAUCCCUCGAGUGUUUUUGCUGUGCAACGUUGACAGUGACAGCGAAAGCCAAGAAGAAGAUAUGAAAACAUGGCCGGUGUUCACAUUAACUGAUUCGAGAAAGAAAUGUAAAGAGAUGGAAGUAUUAGUCCAAUGGAUGGAAAGUCAAUCAGUCCCGUUUGCGCUGAAAGACAAGGUAAAGGAAGAAAUCUACCGUUUAGAGAAACUUGGGGUCCUGGAAAAGGUAGAGUUUUCAGAUUGGGCGACGCCAAUCGUGCCAGUGUUGAAACCUGAUGGUAGUGUACGGAUUUGUGGCGAUUAUAAAGUGACCAUUAACCAAAGUCUAGACGUUCAAGAAUAUCCAAUGCCGACAGCUGAAGAACUAUUUACAAAGCUACGAGGAGGUAUACAAGACUGCCAUUUGGAGUUGCAGCUAGCCCAGCUAUUUUCAAAGAACGAUGGAUAUGGUUUUGAAUGGUUUACAGGAGUAGGAGGUAUACUUGAUGAUUUCAUAAUUACGGGUAAAAAUGAUGAAGAACAUUUGCGGAAUCUUGAGAGAGCACUGAAACGUCUUCAAAAUAUGGGAAUCAAAUUGAAGAAAUCAAAGUGCGUUUUUAUGCAACCUUCAGUGGAAAAUUUCGCAUUUGUCGUGGAUCGACAAGGAAUCCAUCCAUCGCCUCGUAAAGUUCAAGCUAUAAGGGAGGUACCAACUCCGGAAAAUCCAACAGAAUUGAAGUCAUUUCUGGGGCUAGUGAACUAUUAUCGUAAGUUUAUUCCAAAUAUGGCAAAGUUGGUUAAUCCUCUGAAUUGUUUACUGUCACAAGAAGUUACUUGGAAAUGGUCGGAAGAAUGCCAGAAAUCUUUUGAGACUUUAAAAGUCCUAUUGGAAACGGCACCAAACAAUGCGAAUGUUGAUGCGUUGUCCCGGUUACCUAGGAAAAGUGUUGAAGAACCGGACGAAUGGGAGGAAGAGGCAGCGGCAGUAAACAGCGCUCAACUGAAGCGGUCACCUGUUUCAGUAAGUAUGAUUAGAGAAGCUACGCAAAAAGAUUCAGUAUUGUCUCGUGUAGUAUACUAUCUGUUACAUGGUUGGCCAGAAGGAAAGUUACCAGAGGAACUACAAUAUUUCUUUACAAAGCAAGACGAGUUUACUGUAGAAGAAGGAUGCCUAUUGAGAGGAACCCGAUUGGUAAUUCCAACCAAAUAUCAAGGAGUGGUGUUGUCGGAGUUGCAUAUAAAUCAUCCAGGAAGGGGGCGGAUGAAAUCUUUAGCACGUUUACAUGUUUGGUGGUCAACAUUAGACCAAGACAUUGAACAGACUGUGAGAGAUUGCACCAGUUGUCAAUUUAAUCGCUUUAAAUCUCCACUUAAAGUAAAUAAUCCAUGGAUUUGGCCUGUACGUCCAUGGCAAAGAAUUCAUGUCGACUUUGCAGUUCAUGGUCUACCGGAAGAGAUGGUGUCGGACAAUGGUCCACAAUUUGUUGCGCAGGAAAUGAAAGAUUUUCUAAAAGGCAAUGGAAUUCAAAUGCACUUAUCUUCACCGUACCACCCUGCUUCAAAUGGGGAAGCGGAAAGAGCAGUGGGAACAUUUAAAGACUCCAUGAAGAUUCGUAAGAAUGAAGAAGGAUCUACUGGAGAGAAAUUAGCAAGAUUUUUGUUAGGAUAUCGUACCACACCACAUACAGCAACUGGAUGUACACCUACAGAAAUUCUUAUGGGUCGAUGA